ACUUCCGUCGCUAAACUGUAAAAGUCAGCAAAACACUCCACAUUGUGGUUGAGCUUCUGCCACCGUGGACAAGAUGUGUUCAACAAUUGGUGUAACAUAAAGGCCUUAUAUGUUUUGAAUAUAAAGUGAUCAAAAGGAUCAAGAUAUGGAGUACUUCAAAAGUGGUCUAAAGUCAGUCCUGGGAGCUCCGGAUCCAGGUACCCAGCCGACAGGAGCAGACACAGUUGAACGAUUAGUGGACAGACUUCAAUCGUCCAGCCUCCUAGAUGAUCGACGAGAUGCUUGCCGUGCCCUCAAAGCACUCUCGCGAGCCUACAGAGUUGAAGUUGGAGCCCAGGGGAUGGACAGCUUGAAACAAGUCUUAGAGAUGGAUAGAACAGACUGCGAGAUUGUAGGGGUAGCUCUUGAUACGUUAUGCAACAUUACGAGCCCAGAAACAUUCGAUGAAGAAGUUGACAAGCAUGGUCUAGACUCCAAGAUUGGCGAACAAUUCACGGAAAUAUUUAUAAAACAGCAGGACAGCGUGCCUCUAAUCUUAUCAUCUCUUGAAGAAUUUGAUUUCCGAGUUCGGUGGCCCGCCUUAAAACUAUUAACCAAUCUCCUUUUAAACCGACCCAAAGACAUUCAAGAAAUCAUCCUCGUCAGUAGAAUGGGUGUAUCCCGCCUGAUGGAUCUUCUCAUUGAUAGUCGGGAGGUUAUUCGCAACGAUGCACUUCUUCUCCUAAUCCAAAUAACCAAAGGUAAUGCGAAUAUUCAGAAAAUUGUUGCAUUUGAGAACGCCUUUGAUCGUAUCUUCGACGUGAUCACUCAAGAAGGUGGAGUCGAAGGCGGUAUAGUAGUUGAAGAUUGUCUUCUCCUGAUGCUCAAUCUAAUCCGCAACAAUGUUAGCAACCAAAACUUUUUCAAGGAGGGAAGCUAUAUUCAAAGAUUAACUCCAAUGUUCCAACUUCCACCGGAUGCUGAAGACACGCCCUCAUCAGGCUGGAGUCCCCAGAAAGUGGCAAACGUUCACUGUAUGGUGCAAGUAGUUCGAGCCCUAGUAGCUCCCAGCAAUCAAACCCAAAUAGCCUCUGCUUGCCAGAAAAUAAUGCACUAUUGUGGCCUUCUUCAGGCUCUCUGUGACAUUUUAAUGGCUUCUGGAGUUCCCGCAGACGUCCUAACAGAAACUAUAAAUGCAGUAGCUGAAGUGAUCCGAGGAAACAUUGUGAACCAAGAAUUUUUAGCAAGUGUCAUGGCACCUUGUAGUCCUCCGCGGCCUGCUAUAGUCGUCCUCUUGAUGUCGAUGAUAAACGAGAAACAACCGUUUAUUCUUAGAUGUGCAGUUCUCUACUGCUUUCAAUGCUUCUUAUAUAAGAAUGAAGUGGGUCAAACUCAACUAGUCCAGACACUAUUACCCCAAACGAAUGAACUCCCCGCAUUAACCACUGGCCAGUUAUUGUGCGGAGGGUUAUUCUCGCCUGAUCCUUUAUCCAAUUGGUUCUCUGCUGUUGCUCUCUCACAUGCCCUAAUCGAAAAUAUUAGCCAGAAAGAGCAGUUAUUAAGGGUUCUCCUAGCUACGAAAAUUGGAAAACCCCCAGUGACUCUUCUUCAGCAAUGUGUUAUGCUUCUCCAACUAGGUAAUAAACCACAAAGCAAGCUCGGAUUACUAAUCCUUCUUUGCAGGUGGACAUCAAACUGUCCGGCAGCUGUUAAAGCCUUUUUGGCUGUUGAUUCAUCCGUUGCUUACCUCACUGCUUUAUUAUCCUCUCACGAGAAUAACGAGGAUCUUCAAGAGAUACUGAUCCAGAGUAUGUGUGCUCUAUUAAUAGGUAUCUGUGUACAUUUCAAUGAAGAUGAUGUACCUAAUUAUAGUAAGGAGAAGUUAUGUGCAUUGAUAGAAAAUCGAAUAGGGUUAGAAAGGUUUCAAGACGCUAUUGGGGGUAUUGCGAGACACGAAAUUUAUUCAAAGACUCUUAAACAUCCUCAGCCCUCGGCAAAAACCCCGGGGGAGUUACUCUUGGAUCAUGAAUUCUGUAGGUUACUGAAAAAAAUAGAGAGCAUUAUUUUGGAGACAGUAUUAAAAGGAUCACAUUCCAGUAAAGAUUUGCAUACGCACCUCUCGUCAGUUGACUCUGCAUUAGUUUCACAAUACAAAGAUGUGAUCAGAAAACAGGACAUCCACAUACAUGAUUUAAAAAUGAAAAAUGAGUUCUCAAUGAGGGAGAAAGAACAAUUGGAUGGAAGAGUGAAAGAGUUGGAGGGAGAGGUACGGAAUCUGAGGGACCAAAAUAUGGUUCUUCGCGCUGCACAGAUUAAUUUAGUGGAGAGACAAGAUAAUACAGAAGGGUCAAUGAAGUGUAAAGAGGAGGAAGAGGCAGAGGCCAUGAGGAGUGUGAAGGAGCUGGAACAGAAACUAGAGGAGUAUAUUCUGAAGGUUAGAGAAUAUGCGCAACGUGAAGAGAAAUUUAAAGAGUUGGAGAGGACAUUGAAAGAGAAGAGACAAGAGCUAGAAAAGACGAAAAAAGAUCAAGAUGAUUUGUUGGAGCUAUUGGCUGAUCAAGAUAAUAAAAUUUGUAUUUUUAAGCAGAAGCUUGUAGCUCUCGGAGAGAAAAUCGAAUCUGAGGACAGCUUGGAAGAGAUUGAUACUGAUGAACAACCAGAAUCGAGUAAUUGAGAGGAAUUAAAUAUAAUUUUCGCAAUAGUUGAAGGUCAAUACCAAAUUUUCGCCAAUAAAUUCAGUCGCUGCAGAACAAGACUUUCUCAAUCUUCUCAAAUGAAAGUGAAAAAAUUCUAGAAUAUCGUGGUUUUGACCGUAAACUCAAAAUACAUUUUCUUUUCACCCAUUAUUAUCUUCGUUCAGUGAAAACCUAUUAUUUUGUUAAUAAAAUUAGCAUGUGUGUGAAUUGAAAUAUUCUUGAAGAUUUUGUAUUCAGCUCAGUGAUAAGGUAUUCUGUGCUAUUUCAGUAUACGCCACAAAAUACAAUUUUUUUAUUUUUACCCCAUUACAGACGAGAUUCAAAAAUGUUUCUAAAAAAUGAAGAUGAUUGAAAAAUAAAUUUACCAAAGUUAUGGAAAACUUGAAA